ACUUGUUUUUUUUCCUUCUCUCAAUUUAGUUCUACGAAGAUUUCUUCUCGCUGAUAUUUUCUCGAAAUAUAACUUGUACACAUCGCAGUUCACGUGGGAAAAUUUUGAGUCAUUCCUUGAAGUGUGCUUGUUACUGAAGGGUCUUUGUUGUGAAACAAUUUUUAAAAAUGAGACUCGAAAAGUUUUUGUUUUGGUUUGAUCUGGAGCUCGGUGGAACCAUCAUUGGAUAUUAUCAUCUACUUAUCUACUUCGUUUCUAUUAUAGCUGUGAUUAUUUCGUUUAUUCUUCAGCUGAUCUACUACGAAAAUGUUAACCUGCUUGUACUCAUAGUUCUCACUGUAGUUUAUAUUUUAAUUGCAUUGUUCCUGAUUUAUUUAUCAUGGCAACUGAUAAUGGGAGUUGAAUAUCGCGAUCAUCGUCGAGUGCAAAAGUUCCGAAUUCUUUGCAUGAUUGGCCUCGUUUUGAACAUUCUUAUUGUAAUCGCUGCACUGACGCAAAUUGGAAGAUUCGAAUUAAAUGGCUACCACAUUACGAUACUUAUUGUUUACUUAAUCAUUUCAUUUCUUACACAAGUUUACAUAUUUUUAGUUGUCGACUCACUUUAUAAAAAGUUCAGAGACGAAGAGUUUCCCAGAAGGUCAUUUAAGUGAAUAAUUUUUCGACGAUGUUUAUGAAAAGUUUAUGAAUUUUAAAUUAAAAUUUGUUGUGGAUUUAAAAUCAUUUUUAUUAAGUUUUUGUAACAAUUGCCGUGUGAUUUAGUUAACCAGAGAUUUUCAUGAAGCUUCGAAAUGUAUUUAAUUUACUCGCACAAUUGUCAAUCUUCACUGAUGUAAAUCGAAACUUGAAAGAAAAAAAUGUCGGAAACAUUAAUUUUUUAUAAUCGCAGUUCGCACGUUAUUCUGGAAUCUUUAUCUGAAAUCGUUAUUUAGAAUAGAUUGUAAAUGUAAUCUUAAAAAGAAACGAUUCAAACUUGUGGAAUAUAUUUUUGCAGCAAUUUUUAGAGUAUAAAAUUCAACCUGUAGUAUUCUCAGAUCAAUCCUAUAAUCACAUUGUGUUUAGUUUAAUUUUUUUAACUUACUUAUAAUUUAUUAAUGAAAGAAACAGAAUUCUAAUGCCAAUAAAUCUAAAAAAAUUAAUGAAAAA